CGACGGUCGGUCCAUGUGUUGUGUUCUUUAAAAAUAAGCUUCAAUGAUUUCGGCAAUACCAACCAUAAAUUACUGUUAUCUCCUAUCUAUUGUUGCCGACACUAAAUCCUGAAGUGAACUUUAUAAAAAGCAAUUAGGUACCUUUCAAUGAAAAUUUGUGGAAACAAUUCGUGUCAAAAAUUCGGUCAUAUUAUCUUGAGACCUAUUUAGUUUGCGAGAAAGAAUUAGGCACUAGAACUAUAAUCAAAAUGGCUUGUUUUUCGGCCUUUUUUUGGCCUCGUCGAGAAGAAGAUAAUGACGUGCUGACGUCAUCGGACAAUACCCCUUGGUUUAUCAGUGGUGUGGAUCCUCGUCGCAUAUUACCUCCCACACAGGUCAUUUCGACACAGAUCCAUGUGUCGUAUAAACCCAAAUCUAUGUGCAACGAUCUGUUGAGCAAUUUUAAGUUUCUGAGCUGCGAUAUGGGGUUCGAGGUUGACCCUAGUCUGUGUAACGCCGUAUUGACAGACAUGUCAGUUCCACAGACAAUGAGAGAAGUUGAGUCCUUCAAUUCGACAUGUGAAAAUGACGUAGAUUCCAGUGUGAGUGGUUCCACGCGAGGAAACCAGGUGGCACAAAAAGAUUUGAAUUUGUAUGGAUCUUCUGACAUUGUCACAUCUAGAGAAGAGGAAAAUCCAGCAUCGAAGAAUCCAGAUAGACUUGGCAAAAGAUAUCGGAGAACAGGUGUUUACGGGAUUCCAAAUAACCCUCAAAACGAUGAAGACAUAGAUGGAGCCUUAGAAGACAAAAAACAAAUAUUGAAUAAAAUUGAACCUAAAAACGAUAACCUGCUGAUUCCUCCUGCUAGCGGCUACUGGAGUUCAAUAACAUUUGCUGGCAGCGACGAUGAAUUCGACAAAUUUGGAACCUUUACAAGGAACCAGGUUGGAAGAUGCGAGAGCUCGGAUUCGGAAAUAUUAUACAGUGACGAGCAAUCUAGCACUCUGUACUCUAACUGGGGUGAGAAAAAAGAAGAAAUUGAUGAUUUGCCAUAUGAGUAUCCGGUGUUCAGUCCUUAUAGCCCCAGGAGAUCAAUAGACCACGAUAACGUACCCAGCAAGACUCUUCUGGAGGCCCAAUUCGUGGCUCUACCAUUUGACAGGAAGCCAAGUGAUGCUUUCAGUGAAUUAUCGGAACAGUUUACUGACGAUAGCCGAAGACAGAGCUGUUUUACAGACGACGGUGAUGAGGUAGCUAAAUAUAGGUACUGGAGGACGCCUUCAGUUGUCGUCAGUGAUUAUUCGGAUGAUCCUAUGGGGCUCACGCUAGAGGACAUGGAAAAUAUAAGAAUUAAGUAUAAGGAGAAUAGUUCAUCGGCAGAGUCGAGCCUUUGCAGUUCGUACAGCAAUCUCAACCUGUAUGAAUCUAAUUCCGAAACAUACAGAAAAAUGUCAGAUUGCUCCACGUGUUCUUUUAAAGGCGAUGACGAUGAUGAUUGCUUCAAAGAGCCUUCGCCUUGGAGGAAAAUAAGAAAUUUCGUUCAAUGGACUCCUUUCUUUCAAACCUACAAAAAACAACGAUAUCCCUGGGUUCAGUUAGCAGGCCAUCAAGGAAAUUUCAAGGCAGGUCCAGAUCAAGGAACAAUCCUCAAAAAACUUUGCAUUAAAGAGGAAAAAUGCUUUAAGGUUUUAAUGGAUGAUGUUUUGAAACCGUUUGUACCAGAAUACAAAGGUUUAGUAACCAGUGAUGAUGGAGAAUGUUCGUAUAUACAGUUACAAGAUCUACUCAGUGAUUUUGUGUCUCCUUGUGUGAUGGACUGUAAGAUAGGAGUUAGAACGUACUUGGAAGAAGAACUUGCAAAAGCUAAAGAAAAACCAAAGUUGAGAAAGGAUAUGUAUGAAAAAAUGUGCCAGAUAGAUAACAGUGCUCCAACUGAUGAGGAACAUAAAAUGAAGGGUGUCACAAAACCAAGAUACAUGGUUUGGAGGGAAACCAUAUCGUCAACAGCUACUUUAGGUUUCCGGAUAGAGGGCAUAAGAAAAUCUGAUGGAACUUCAAGUAAGGACUUCAAAACUGUUAAGAGUAGGGAGCAAGUGAUGAAGGAAUUUAUUGAGUUCACAGAAAAUUUCCCACAUGCCGUGCCAAAAUAUAUACAGAGAUUAACAUCAAUUAAAGCUACACUAGAAACAUCACCUUUCUUUCAAACCCACGAGGUGAUAGGGAGCUCUCUUCUAUUUGUUCACGACAAGUACAAUGCCAAUGUGUGGUUGAUAGAUUUUGCUAAAACACUCAAAUUGCCAGACAAUAUCACCAUCACUCAUAAAGAAAAGUGGAAAGUUGGUAAUCAUGAAGAUGGUUACCUGAUUGGUGUGGAUAACUUGAUAUCCAUUUUUAAAUCAAUUUUGGAAAAUUAUCCUGUUCCUGUUUCACCGCCUCUGUCUCUUCCUGAUAGCCUUGAUAUUGGAACAAAGGAAGAAAAAACAGAAAAUACAUGAUUGCUUUGUGCAGACCAAACUUAAUACACACUAAAGUUCUCAAUUUCAAUUGAUUUGGAACAAUUGAAGCAAACAUUAUUUUUUUGUCAAUUCGGAUGGUAAUCGAUUUGAAAAACUGACUGAAGCUACCUUCCCAUAAUUAUGGACAAUAAUUUAUGUAUAGGUUGAAAAAUCAUUGAAAAGUUCAAUUAUUUGAUCACAACUAUAUGAUAAUACUUUUGUAAAUAGAAGUAGAAUAUCUCUUAAUAUUUUUAUCCCUAAUAAGAGAUAUUAUGGACAGAAAAACUUUUUGUAUGCAGUGGAGAUUUAUUUGAAUUUUCACAUUAAUGGAAACCCAUUUCCAAUAUUUCACAGCUGUCUUUUUACUUUUAUAUGAGUUUAUCCAAUAUUGUUCAUAUUGAACUUAAUAACUGUGCUGUGAUUUUUCUCCUAAUAUUUGUUGAACUACAAAAAUUUUAUUUAGUUCAAUUUAUCUUUUAUUUAAUGAACACUCAAGAAUGUAUUUAUAUUAUGACUCAUUAACAGAAACAAUUUAGAACUAUGAAGAUAGCCCUUAAAAUGUUUCCAUUCAACGUUGUAAAUAGAUUAUUUAUUGAAUGUAUUCGGCCGUUACUUGGUAGAAAUUUAUAAUAGACAUUAUGAAUGAAACAUAUGAUUCUGAUAUCUACUUUAUUUUGAUGGCGCUGACGGACGUUUUAUCCCUACUAUGAUGAGAAGUCCGUCAAGAAGGGAGAAAAUGUAUGUUAGUAUCUUAAGUAGGAAUUACAACCAUGUGUUUUAUUUCAAAUGUAGAUUAUCUAUUAAUAAUAAUGUUACUUUGUUGUAUAUAAUAUUUUCGGAUGUGAAAAAUGAUUUAUUAGUUUUGAAAUAAAUGUUUCAUUUGUA